CGCGACUCCUGCUCUUUUUCUCAUACUCAGAACGACUGAGUUUUAUCUGGUCGUAUGAUUUAUCAUGCCCAUUAUGUCUCGAUCCCGGUCCCCCUAUGCACACCUUCUCCUCGCCGCGGUUGGCUUCCUUAUCAACCUGGUCUCUGCCUAAACAUGGUCGGUUUCAGCGGGAAGCAUCAAGAUCAGGUGCAGUGUCCCCAGAUAUGAUGUGAUUCGACUUUCAUCUCUCACCUUAGCUGCUGGUAUCCAAUGUCUCCUGUGGUCUAUAUCACUUUCGAGCGGAUGGGCGUGUCUCUCAGAUGCGCGUUCUUAACGCCUAACCUCUCACGGAUAUACCGUUCCUUCCCUCUUUCAUAUUGGCUAACUGAAGUUUCUUCAUGUUAUCCUCCCCUUCGUCUCAAAACUUGCGCCGUCAUUCGGCUCUCCUAGCCAAGUUGGACUUGAGCAACAGUAGCCCUCUGUCGUCAGCGACAUCCGUACUCGGUGAGACUUCCCUAAUCAUCCGUGACGGCUUUAAGCUUGAUGACUUUCAAGACUCUGGUAGUUCCACCGCACCCACCGUUGUUUCAUCUUGGUUACCUUCGUCCUUUUCGACAUCAACUACAGUCCUUACUGAAAGUUCAGCGACUACUAGCGGCGUGCCGGACACAUCCACACAGUCUACUAUCCCAUUCUCAUUACCCCCCACCACAUCGUCCACGUUAUAUAGCCCGGUCUUUAGCACCUCCACCCCUGCGAGUACUGAGCCAGGCUCGACUGGCCCUAUUGGCCCUCCAAGUUUCCAACCGAGCUCGGAAUCUGAAUCAUCGUCGCCGUCAUUAUCACCAUCUCCCUCUAGCACGUCUCCCAGUGUGGGGUCUACUCCUUUCCCGUCAUCUUCAUCCCUUCCUCUUAGUCCCUCAACGAUCCUCUCGUUUCCCGUCCCCGGGCCGAGCGUGGUUGCUGAUGAAACUGCGCCUCAACCUCCGCCAACUACGUACCCAAACUUACCUCAAAGUCCAAUCUCGCCUUCACCACCUUCCUCCUCCGCGCACAGCUCAUCCAGAGCCUCCAAUACACCUAUCAUAGUUGCCUCCGUCUCGAUACCGGUUCUUGUUCUUUGUAUCGCGCUGCUCUGGUGGCGCCGACGUCGCGCUCGGGAACGUGACGUCAUUUCUUCAUCUACAUCACCAAGCCAGAGCACUCUCGUGCGCUCUCAGAGCUCGGGCGGGAAGAGCGUGGGCUCGUCCUUCAUUCAAUAUGACGACUCUGUGUAUUACGAAACCGACUUUAAUGCUCGUCGUACACCCGAUAGCUUCUGGGGCGCGCCGCCGUUACCGCCUGGGACCGUUAUGGACAAUGCAUCGGAAUACAGUUUCGCUGCGAGCGGUGCAAGCUGUGAUAGCCAGUCGGGUAUCAGCUAUAGCAGUGAGCGCCCUUUAUUGUGAUGAAACAUGGACGCACGUACCCCGAUAUGUUACGAGCUAUUUCUAUUCAGGUGUUUUCGCACAGAAGUUGUGUUGUUAGACUGUAGUGCC